UCUCACCCCCGUGUUACUGGGUAGAACAAAACAAAAACAAACAGAGCGAGAGGGGCCAGAGACGCUCCGAGGCGGCGGAAGAGGCUGAGGAGCGGGGUCGGGACUGACGGACCGGAGGCCGUGAGGAGCGGCGGCUGCGGCGGAGGCCCGAGGGAAAUAGAUCCUAAAGGAAGACUUCCAUUUUUGGGUAAUUUAAUCAGUGCAAGUGAAAUUAAGGAACAAUGGAUAUAGAAAAUGAGCAGAUACUGAAUGUAAACCCCACAGAUCCUGAUAAUUUAAGUGAUUCUCUGUUUUCUGGUGAUGAAGAAAAUGGUGGAACUGAAGAAAUAAAAAAUGAGAUAAAUGGGAAUUGGAUUUCAGCAUCCUCCAUUAAUGAAGCUAGAAUUAAUGCUAAGGCAAAACGGAGACUACGGAAAAACUCAUCCCGGGACUCUGGCAGAGGUGAUUCGGUCAGUGAUACUGGAAGUGAAGCCCUUCGAAGUGGAGUUACUGUCCCAACCAGUCCCAAGGGAAGGCUGCUAGAUAGAAGGUCCAGAUCUGGGAAAGGAAGGGGACUACCAAAGAAAGGUGGUGCAGGAGGCAAAGGUGUCUGGGGUACACCUGGACAGGUGUAUGAUGUAGAGGAAGUGGAUGUAAAAGAUCCCAACUAUGAUGAUGACCAGGAGAACUGUGUUUAUGAAACUGUAGUUUUGCCUUUGGAUGAAAGGGCAUUUGAGAAGACUUUAACACCAAUCAUACAGGAAUAUUUUGAGCAUGGAGAUACUAAUGAAGUUGCGGAAAUGCUGAGAGAUUUAAACCUUGGUGAAAUGAAAAGUGGCGUACCAGUACUAGCAGUGUCCUUGGCAUUGGAGGGAAAGGCUAGUCAUAGAGAAAUGACAUCUAAACUUCUUUCUGACCUUUGUGGAACAGUAAUGAGCACAAAUGAUGUGGAAAAAUCAUUUGAUAAGUUGUUGAAAGACCUACCUGAAUUAGCAUUGGAUACUCCUAGGGCACCACAGUUGGUGGGCCAGUUUAUUGCUAGAGCUGUUGGAGAUGGAAUUUUAUGUAAUACCUAUAUUGAUAGUUACAAAGGAACUGUAGAUUGUGUGCAGGCUAGAGCUGCAUUGGACAAAGCUACUGUGCUCCUAAGUAUGUCUAAAGGUAGAAAACGCAAAGAUAGUGUGUGGGGCUCUGGAGGUGGGCAACAGUCUGUUAAUCACCUUGUUAAGGAGAUUGAUAUGCUGCUGAAGGAGUAUUUACUCUCUGGAGACAUAUCUGAAGCUGAACAUUGUCUUAAGGAGCUGGAAGUACCUCAUUUUCACCAUGAACUUGUAUAUGAAGCCAUAGUAUUGGUCUUGGAGUCAACUGGAGAAAAUACAUUUAAGAUGAUUUUGGAUUUAUUAAAAUCUCUUUGGAAAUCUUCAACCAUUACUCUAGACCAAAUGAAAAGAGGUUACGAAAGAAUUUACAAUGAAAUUCCCGACAUUAAUCUGGAUGUUCCACAUUCAUACUCUGUGCUUGAGCGAUUUGUAGAAGAAUGUUUUCAGGCUGGAAUUAUUUCCAAACAACUUAGAGAUCUUUGUCCUUCAAGUUUUCUUAUGAGAAGUGCACAUUUUGUGUGUUCCUUGGAUAUUGGUCUCAAGUCAGAGAAUAAGGGGCAGAAAACGUUUUGUGAGUGAAGGAGAUGGAGGUCGUCUAAAACCAGAGAGCUACUGAAUAUAAGAACUCUUGCAGUCUUAGAUGUUAUAAAAUUACAUAUAUGUCUGAAUUGUAAGAGUUAUCAGCACAGUUUUUUUAUGCACUUGUUUUGGGUACAAGGCAUUUCUGAAAUUUUAUAAACACAUUUAAGGGGAAUUUUUAAAGCAAAUGUUUUUUUUUUUAGUUUUUUUUUUUUUGAGGGUAUAAAGGAGGGACAGAAAAGUAACCACUUUUUAAGUGGAAUAGUCUCACAAGCUACCUUUUUUUGUAAGUGCCAUGUUUCUGAUGUAAUCAUUCCAAGUUUUGCAUUGAUGUCUGACUGCCACUCCUUUCUUUCAAGGACAGUGUUUUUGUAGUAAAAUCACUGGUUGAUACAAAGCUUUAUUUAGGGGGUAAAGUUAAGCUGCUAAAACCCCAUGUUGGCUGCUGCUGUUGAAAUACUGUGCUUUGGGAGUAAGAAAAAUAUAUAUAUAUAUUUCUUUGUCUUAAAGAAUCUUAAGAAAAUGAGUUAGUCUUGAGACUUAAUUCAUCUGUCCAGGAAACAUUGAUUGGUCUUAAAGACUAGACAGUUAAGUAAAUGGUGGCUGGAACAUCUAUUUUUCUACAAAACUGGAAAAGUGAACCCGGUUCUAGAAGAAUGUAUAACAAAAUAAAACACGUGAAGCAGUA